AUGAGCGGCGGAAAGCGGCCUUUCGGGGGCUACGGCGACGACGGAGAUGAGGCGAAGCCCUUCGCGGUGCUCGGGCCGCGGCCGAACGCCGCGCAGACCGGUCCGGUGAAGAAGCGGAGGGCGAUUCCUGGCGCCUGGACUCCGCCAGCCCUGGCCAACCCCCUGGCGCCGCACCCGGCGUUUGACUUCGACCACCCGCCUUGCGCGAUCGAUAUGAUGACGGGCCACCCCACGCACCCCCCGAACGACUGGAGCGAGCGGGCGUACUCCCUGCGCGAGGCACAGCGCCGACAGAUGGUUUUCCGCCGCCUAGGCGCCGGCACGAUGCGUCUGGAGUACAAGGCGACUGCCAGCACCAUCAAGACCAUUAAGAACGCCCUGAGCGGCUCUGCGUCCGCGCGACGCGCCGCGGACUCCACCCGCAUGCAGACCUACUGGGGCCCGUCAGGCGACCCCAUGGUAGCCAACGUGGCGCGUGUGGACAGUGUUAUCGCGCUGAUCGACAGGGGCACGCUGGUGCCGGAGGACGCCGGCGACAUCAACGUGCUGUACAGCCUGAAGUCGAUGGUCAAGCCCGACGGUCCGUGGAAGCAGCCGGUGUUCCGCGUCGCUGUCCGGCCGCCCAAGGUCCCGGGUGCGCCACGCGGGCCGGCCAAGGCCGACACGCCGACGCGGGUGCUGGAGCUCGAGCUGCACCUCUACAUCGGCCGCCUCGCGUUCGAGCUCAUCGCGAACGAGGCGAUCCGCGUGAUCAUGGCGUGGGUGGCGCCCGUGGGCCCCGUCCGCGGCACCGUCGACCGCCCCGAGUGGCCGACCACGUUCAAGUCGCACGCCGCGCGGCACGAGGACGACCCGCAGUUCCCGUUCACGCUCGGCGGGAUCCUCAAGGGCGUGGAGAGCCACGGAUACAGGGACGUGGGCGAGGAGCCCGCGGGCCUCGCGACGCAGCUCUUCCCGUUCCAGCGCCAGACCGUGGCGUGGAUGCAGGACCAGGAGGCGUGCGACCUCAACGCGCGGUUCUGGGAGGAGCGCGCGUGGGGGCCGCAGCCCUGCGACGGCACCUUCUUCUACUUCCCCGCCGCGGGCGAGCUGCGCACGCAGCGCCCACCGCGGGUGACGGGGGGGCUGCUCGCGGAGGAGAUGGGUCUCGGGAAGACAGUGGAGAUGGUGGCGCUGAUCCUGUCUGACCGCGCGGCCAACUACCCCGCGCCGACUCCCCCCCCGACGCUCCCCGGGCACCCCGUCGUGGAGACGACGUGCGACGUGCAGUCGAACGGCGCGCGCGCGAAGGAGCCCGUCGCGGACACCCGCGCGACGCUGGUGGUGUGCCCGAUGCCGCUAGUGGGCCAGUGGGCGCGCGAGAUCGCGAAGCUGACCGCGCCGGGCGUCCUGCGCGUGGAGGUGUGGGACGGGUACCGGGCGUGGAAGGGGAAGAUCGACGCGGAGAAGCGGAGCCGGCGGACGGAGCGGCGGGAGGUGCCGGACCUGCCGCGGAGCCACGUGGAGCAGGCGUCGCACGCGGAGCUGCUGGAGGAGGCGUUCGAGGCGCUCGUGGGCGCGGACGUGGUGCUGACGUCGUACGCGGCGCUGAACGAGGAGACGGCGUCGAUGCAGCGCGUGCUGCGCAAGAUCGGGUGGCGCCGCGUGGUGCUCGACGAGUGCCAGGAGAUCCGGUCGAGCACGUCGGAGGUCGCGCGGAUGUGCUCCGACCUGCAGAGCACGCACCGCUGGAUGGUGUCGGGCACUCCGCUGCACGACUCGCUGGACGACCUGAACGGCGAGCUCAACUUCCUGCGGGUGUGGCCGUUUGCGCUCUCGGACCGCAGCGACGGGUUCUGGAAGAUGCGCGUGUCGGACCCCAUGCAGCGCUGCGACGACGACGCCCUCCUCCUCCUCCGGGCCCUCCUCAAGGAGAUCAUGAUGCGGCACUCGAAGACGCAGACGACGCUCGAGGGCGGCCCGCUCCUCGAGAUGCCGCACGCGCGUUCCGCGCUGGCGCCCGUCGACCUGCAGCCGUCCGAGACGUACGUCAACGCCUUCCUCGAGCACCACGCCGUCACCGCGCUGUGCACCUCCAUGGGCAUGACCGCCGACGACGUCACCGAGGCGCACCCGUCGACGCUCAAGUUCGUGGACGCGCAGCUCGCCGGGGGCGCGCGCACGCUCGCGCGGACGCUGCGCGAGAGCACGGCGUGCACCGCGGCGAUCGACACCGCGCCGGUGCUGCAGCAGGUGGACCGGGCAAUCCGCGCGCUCCUCGCGCGCACCGCGGGCGCCGCGUCGGCCGACGAGCAGCAGACCGUGACCGGCACGAUCCCGCGGUACAGCCCGUCCGAGGCGAUGUCGGUGCUGCUCCAGACGAUGGAGGUCCGCGACCGCAACGCCGACAUGGUCCGCCACGGCGACGGCGCGGGCCGCCAGGCGCACGGCGUCCAGCGCACGUACGCCACCGAGACCGUCGCGCAGCGCCUGGCCGCCGCCGCCGACCGCCUCGUGCGCAUCGAGGCCACCAUCGAGGCCGCGCGCGCGCAGCUCCCGCGCCUCCGCUGGCGCGUCGCCAUCGCGCGCGUCGCCGAGGGCCGCGCCCUCGUCACCCUCGACCUCAACCGCGCGUCCCCGUACCUCCUUCUCCGCGUCGGCGCCGCCGCGCGCGCGCAGCGCGCGGCGCAGGCCGCGCGCGAGGCCGUCCAGGAGGCCGCGGCGCGGUACGAGGCCCUCGACGACGCGCUGCUCGUCCAGGAGGCGAUCAGCGAGGGCGUGGAGUCGCGGCGGCUGCUCGAGGGGCCGCGGGACCGGCUGGCGGCGCAGCUGCUGAAGGACGUGCGGAAGGAGUGCGAGAGGGCGGAGGCGGCGGCGGAGCGCGCGCUGCGGCCGCGGACGGCGGCGGGGCGGCGCGAGAGGGAGGAGCUGGCGACGCUGAGCGAGCGGCUGGAGCAGGCGCGCGUGGAGCUGGCGGCGGUGCGGCCGUACGUCGCGCUGCUGCAGCGGGCCGCGGAGGCGGGCGGCGAGCGGCUGGACUUCGCGGUCGUCGAGCAGUCGGGCUUCCAGACGAUCAACGAGAUCCAGGAGGGCAAGAAGAUCACGUGCCUGAUCUGCCAGUGCGAGUGCGACGACCCGUGCGUCACGCGCUGCCUGCACAUGGGCUGCACCGACUGCUACCUCCACUGGCUGCGCGCGUCCUCCGUCCUCACGGGCCACGCCUUCGUCAGCGCCGACGUCUUCGCGCUCGAAGCCCCCUGCCCUCUUUGCCGCAAACCCUUCCGCGCCGACCAGCUCAUCCGCAUCGACACCGCGGCGCCCGCGCCCGACUCGGGCCCGACCUCGCAGCCCGCGGCCGGCGCGGACCCGAGCGGCGCGGGCCCGAGCGGCGCGGGCCCGGGCGGCGACGCCGCCGCGUCGGACCUGCCGCAGUUCUUCCCGAGUCAGACGGCGACGGCGUACGGGAAGAUCCGGCCGCCGCUGACGGGCGCGGUCGCGGCGCGGACCAGCGCGCUGCCGUCGCUGCCGGGCCCGCUGCUCGCGCACCUGAAGAGCGCGGGCGUCGCGCGCGUCGCGGACAGGGCCCCGCCGCGCGGCGCCAAGAUCGACGCGCUGAUCGCGAUCGCGCAGGGGACGCACCCGGUGACGGAGAGCCACGUCGCGGCCAUGGGCGGGUCCCCGGGGAAGGUCGUGGUGUUCUCGCAGUUCCCGCGCGCGCUCAAGGCGGCGCAGGCGGCGCUGGAGCACGCGGGCAUCGGGACGGCGGGCAUCUUCCAGGGCAACGCGUCGGGGUCGGAGGCGCAGCGCGAGGCCGUGAGCCGGUUCUCCGUGGACCCGGAGUGCCGCGUGCUGCUGCUGCACGUCGGGCAGGCGGCCGCGGGGCUCACGCUGACGGCGGCGGCGACGCUCGUGAUGAUGGAGCCGCUCAUGUCGAGCGGGGACGAGGCGCAGUGCCGGAGCCGCGUGCACCGCAUCGGGCAGACGCGCCGCGUGCUCUCCGUGACGCUCUGGGCGCGCGGCACCGUCGACGAGCGCAUCCUGGCAUGGCGCCGCCUCACGGACAAGCACCGCUCGGCGCCGAACGUGGCCUCGCAGGGCGCCGAGCCGCACUCGGACACGGAGUCGGACGCGGAGCAGCUGUGCGUGCUCACGCACGGCGAGAACGACCGCGGGCAGCUCGCGACGGGCAAGCCGCUGCGGCGCCUGCUCUACAUGCUCGGCGCGCAGGACGCGUCCAAGGUGGCCGAGGCGCCGCCGGCGGAGGAUCGGCGGGCGCGGGGCGGGCGCGGGAGCGCGUCGGACAGCGAGGACGAGGACGACAGCGACGCCGACAUGGACGCGUCGGACGAUGAUUUCGCGGCGUACGUGCCGGUGCGGAUGGCGAGGACGGGGGCGCGGAGGAGGGGCGCGGCGCCGGGGCGGGGGUCGGGCGCGCGUGGGGGCGGCGGCGGGGGGCGGUGA